UUUAAUUUUUCCUGAUGGGUUUGAGAAAUUACAUGAGAAGAUUUAUAUGGAAAGAGAUUAGGUUUUGUGGCUAUUUCGAGGAGCCAAAGGACUAAAUAGUACUUUCAAGGUGUAGCGAAAGUGCGGAUAAAAUUAGGCAGCUGGACUUGCCCUAUAUCCUCCAACAUCACCACCGCCAGCACCGAAGCGAAUGAAAACAAACACUAACGAUGGCGGCGCCGGGGAGCGACCGGCUGCUGAGUUAAGGCAAGAGUGAUCGCUUGACCGAAGAGAGGAGCCCUGAAGAAGACAAGACGUGAGUGCGACAACUUGCUCAGUCCUGAGAGCAAAACGCCUGGAGACUGCGAGCCAGGAGCCUCCUGAGGCUUGAGGUGUCUGUCUUCGAUCCGCUAUCACUGCAGCCCAGGGAAGCAGAACCUCAGCCAGGAGGCGCGGCAGGCUGGCCCCGGGCCCCGGCCUCCGUAAUGAGAGCUCCUAGGUGCUCUCUGUGCCACAGCUUCUCAGGUGAGGGUGACUGUUGAUUAGUGAAAAAGGGACCCAAGGUUCACGACUAUCUUCUUACUGGCAGUGGAACGACCCGUGGAAACCUGCGAUCCGUUCUCAUUAAUAAAUCUCUGGAUUCCUAUAGGCAAUGGAAACUGAUCUCAAUUCCCAGGACAGAAAGGACCUGGACAAGUUCAUUAAAUUUUUUGCCCUCAAGACUGUCCAAGUGAUUGUCCAGGCUCGACUUGGUGAAAAGAUUUCAACUCGUUCAUCUUCAUCCCCAACGGGUUCAGACUGGUUUAACUUAGCGAUCAAAGAUAUCCCCGAGGUCACCCAUGAAGCAAAGAAGGCACUGGCAGGGCAGCUGCCUGCCAUUGGGCGGUCCAUGUGUGUGGAAAUCUCGCUCAAGACCUCAGAGGGAGAUUCCAUGGAGCUGGAGAUUUGGUGUCUUGAAAUGAAUGAAAAGUGUGACAAAGAAAUCAAAGUUUCCUACACCGUGUACAACAGACUGUCCCUGCUGCUCAAGUCCCUUCUUGCUAUCACGAGGGUGACACCAGCCUACAGGCUCUCCAGAAAGCAGGGGCAUGAAUAUGUCAUACUGUACAGGAUAUACUUUGGGGAAGUUCAGCUGAAUGGCUUGGGAGAAGGCUUUCAGACAGUUCGAGUUGGGACAGUGGGCACCCCUGUGGGCACCAUCACUCUUUCUUGUGCUUACAGAAUCAACUUGGCAUUCAUGUCCACCAGGCAAUUUGAGAGGACCCCUCCUAUCAUGGGUAUCAUUAUCGAUCACUUUGUGGACCGCCCCUACCCCAGCUCUUCUCCCAGACACCCCUGCAUCUACAGGAUCGCUGGUGAGGAUGCUGGCGGAGUGUACCCGUCGGUGGAAGACUCUCAGGAAGUGUGCACCACUUCAUUUUCCACCUCCCCGCCAUCGCAGUGUGUGUUUACUGUCGCAAAGGCACAUUUUCAGACCCCUCCUCCUGUGGUGCCGGACAUUCUGAGGGUCCCCAUGGCAGGACUGGCCUUUUCCCAUCAACUCUCCAGCUCUCGCCUUUCCUAUCUGCCUGCUGUCCUGGGCCUUGGAUCAGCUGACCUGGCUUACCCAGUAGUGUUCCCUGCUGGUCUAAAUGCUCCACACCCUCACCAGCUGAUGGUUCCUGGGAAGGAGGGGGGAGUGCCCGUCACUCCCAGCCAGCCAACCCAUGGUGCCCAGGCUGACCAGGAGAGAUUGGCGACCCACACCCUUUCGGAUGGGCCCCACUGCCCCGCCACACCUUCCAGCAGUGAGGGCACCGAAACCGUCUCCAACAGCAGUGAGGGCCGGGCCUCCCCCCACGAUGUCUUGGAGACCAUCUUUGUCCGGAAAGUGGGGGCUUUUGUCAACAAGCCCAUCAACCAGGUGACCCUGACGAGCUUGGACAUACCCUUUGCCAUGUUUGCUCCCAAAAACUUGGAGCUGGAGGAUACUGACCCUAUGGUGAACCCCCCAGACUCCCCAGAAGCUGUGUCUCCUCUCCACGGCAGCCUGCACUCCGAGGGCUCCAGCGAGGGCAGCAGCGGCAACCCCCACGAUGACUUUGUCAUGGUCGACUUCAAACCAGCUUUUUCUAAAGACGACAUCCUUCCGAUGGACUUGGGGACCUUCUACCGUGAGUUUCAGAACCCCCCUCAGCUAAGCAGCCUCUCCAUAGACAUUGGAGCCCAGUCCAUGGCAGAAGACUUGGACUCCCUACCCGAAAAGCUGGCUGUGCACGAAAAGAACGUUCGAGAAUUCGAUGCCUUUGUCGAAACCCUGCAGUAAAAGUAGCCUCCAGUACCAGCAGCACCCCUUUCUGUGGUCCCGGGGGCUGGAGCUGCUCCCAUCCCUCUCACCGCUUCUAGCCAGGUGGACGGCAGGAUGAUUCUCUGGGGUGACCCAGAAGCCCCUCCCUUCCACCUCGUGCAGACCCCGUGACUAUGGCUGGGAGGACCCCCGCUGGCCUUGGAGAAGGAAGACCCUUUGUAACAAGGGCCUCCGCAGGGCCAUCUGUGCAUCCCACCCGUCACUGACUGCGUUACAAAGGGUUAUUGACCACUUCUGCCUCCUGCCUGCCUGUCCUGGCCAUCGACCACUUGACAUUCCCGCUGGUGGCUGAGGUGGUGCAGGCAGAAAGAGGAACCAGGCAGUGCCGGGAGGAAGAGGGGUCCUGAGGCUGUGUCUCCCCAGCUCCCAGGCCUGGCUUCCUCUUGCUGUCUGCCCCAUGCCUGUGUUUUUGGCAAUAUGAUGGGGCUGCCUGCCUAUAGUGACAACUCCAGUGCCAGUUGUCCCCCAGGACAGUUGUGCCAGGCCUUCCUUGGGGUCUGUGCAGCCCUGGUGGCUGCCUGUGCCUAGCUCCUCAGCUCUGAAUCCCAUGUCCCCAGGAUUCUGUCAUCCAGAGUCCUGGUGAAGGUUCUUCCUUCCCCUCCCUCCCCUUUGCUGCUCCUUGGUUAUAGGAAUGGUAAAUAUUUAUUAGUUUCAGAGAAAUCAGAUAUUUUAUAGAGAAAACCCACUGGAGGUAGCUGUUUCCUUGGGGCGGAGGCCUGCUGCUCAGGAAGGUCCCCAGAACCCUGGCUGCUGCUCUGAGAGUCUCCCUGCCCCUGUGCAUGGGGCAGGAGCCAAGAAUGGGCCAGCCGAGAGCAGAGCCCCAGCUCAGGACCACCCCAUCUGGGAUCGGCUUUCCUGGCGGGCACUCAGUCUCUCAGCUCCUGUGUAACUGUGUCAGUUCCGGAAGCCCAGGAAGUCUUGGGUGCUAAUGUGAGGACCCAGAGUGGUGCCACCCGCAGUGCCUAAAGGGCAUUGCGUGUGGCUGGGGCGCCUUCUGAUCCUCCUGCUGCUUGGGUGUGACACUGCCCUGGGCUGGUCCCCUGUGGAGAAACCAAAGCUGGGCCAGCACCUGACUGCACCCUUCAGGUGCUCACCUGAGUUGAUCAGGUGCCCACCUGCUCGCCCAGCCUCCUGCCCGGGUACUCCCUGGCACCAGCUGUUCUUCAGUGAGGCAGGCAGCCCUCGAUUACUUGUCAGUGAAUUGCAUGUGACACCGUUCCCACCCACAAGGCUGGCUCUGAGGAGAGACCUGCCUGUGCCUGCUUCUGCUGCCACAGGAAAGUCCCAUUGGUGGUGGCCAGCUGGCCCUCCUGCCUCAGCCAGGGUGCAUCCAUGGCAGCUGCGGAACCAGUCAGAUGCCCCAGCUCCAGCCUGGGCCGGGGAGCCUAGCCAGCUGCCACCCUGUGCCCGAGGCUUGCAUGAAAAGGCUGGUCCCCACUGUCCUCUGCUGCCCUGAUUAUGCCCUCUAUGGGCCCCAGCCUUUCUCCAGGAUCCCAUCCAUGAAGAGGCCGGGGAAGUUGAGCCCUGACCUCGAGCUGGGCCGGGAGGAGCAAAGCGACGUCAAGGCUGGUCCCAACCCUCAGCCCCAUGUGACAGAGCCCUAGACCAACUCCCAAAAGGCCCACCCGGGCCAGGACCUGUCUGUCUCUAGUUGGCACAGUUCCUCCUCCUCCAGCCUCCUUGGGAAGUAACUGAGCUGUACUUCAAAAUGUAUUCAGAGAUUUCCAAUAAAGGUUUUUCUGUACUUAA